CAGGCAAGAAUGGAGCUCCCCGUGUUGGAUAAGUUUUGCUUCGUAUUCGGCUUAAAAACAGGAUGCAUUACUAUGGGCAUAUUAAAUUCAAUCUUUACGUUCACGUUAGCCAUAAUCCUGAUAACCUUCGCGGUGGACAUCAAGGAGGCGUCGGAGGCGGCCAGCAAGCGGGACGGCAGCGACGCGACAAUGUCGUCCGUGGUCUACACCAUCGUCGUGCUACUUGUCGUGCUGUUGUUCGUGAAGUUCGUGCUAGAUAUGGUCUUCGUGUUUGCGGUUUAUAAGGAGAAAUGCGGCAUCAUGAAGAAGUACUGCAUCUUCUGGAUCGUGUUUCUGGUGCUAUUCAUCAUUGGCUUCCUCAAGAGCCUGUUCCACAUGGACGCGGGGAAUGUGAUUGCCCAGAUCCUGUUCUUGGCUGAAAACAUUUACUACAUCGUCGUGAUACGAAGCUACCUGAUAUCAAUCAACGAAGACGGUGUUCUUUAAAGAGUUUUUAUAAUAUUCGAUUUAUUGAUCGCGUUACGUUAAUCGAAUUUUGCAUUUUAUUAACUCUUUUAUAAUUUUACGGAGUAUUUAAUCAAGUUCCUUUAUAUUCGUAAUUUUUACGUAUUUUGUGAAGUUGUUAUUGCGAUUAUUGCCAGUUAAAAUAUACAAUCGAUUAAUUUUAAUUCUUAAGACAAAAUAGAUACCAAGUUACCGCGAAUGAAUUGAAUGAUUAUGAAACUAUACAUUUUUAUAGGUCGAACAAAACUUAAGCCACCAUUUGCAAUAGGUAUUUUUACGGCAUAAAGACAAAUCUGUCGACAUUUUCCAUAUUAAAUGCGUCGUUGCUAUUAAGUCACAACGAAACAGACCAACGUAAGCUUAAACAUAAUAAAUUAUUACUUGGAAAACCCUCCUUUAUGCACCUGGGUUAUA